AUGAGCUUUUGUUGCGGUAAACCACAAGAAGAAAAGGGAACUGUCAGUAGAAAAUUAGUUGUUUGUGGCGAUGGUGCUUGUGGAAAGACAUCUUUGCUCAGUGUCUUCACUAGAGGCUAUUUUCCUCAGGCAUAUGAACCUACAGUAUUUGAAAACUAUGUAAAAGAAGUCGUUGUAAAUGAUCAGACAGUAGAAUUAUCCUUGUGGGAUACAGCAGGACAAGAAGAAUUUGACCGGAUACGGCUAUUAUCUUAUGCAGACACUCAUGUCUACUUGCUAUGCUUUUCAGUUGAAAAUAGGGAUUCAUUUGAAAAUAUUCGAGAAAAAUGGCUAGAGGAAGUAACUGAUCAUAGUCCUUACGCAAAGAUUGCGUUGGUAGCCUUAAAAUGCGAUUUGAGAGAUGAGCGGCCAAACUGUAUAACAUAUGAAGAGGGAUUAGAGAUGGCCAAGAAUAUUAAUGCGGUGAGGUAUCUUGAAUGCUCUGCAAAGCGCAACCGUGGAGUCAAGGAGUGUUUUGAACAAGCAGCCAAGAUUGCACUUUCAGGUUAG